UCCUCUCUCUCUCUCUCUCUCUCUCUCUCUCUCUCUCUCUUCCUAAGUUUUCAUAUCUAGCAAUGGAUAAUGAACAUGGUGAAGGAUGACAUGUUACCUCAUCAUGAUGCAUUUAAAUAUACCACCAUAUUACACAGAGGAAAAUGGCAGAUGCGUCUGCUGGAAAGAUGUAAAAAAUGAAAGAACAUGAAAAUCUGGGGGACCCUUGUCUGAAUUUCGGGAACAUUUCCAUUGUUUUCUGCAAAAUGCUCUGUUUUGCGAUUUAAUUGAAGGGCUAAUGCCUAAUGUGCUUAAUUACGGCGCAAGAUUUUAACGUAUCUGCAUCGGUGCACAUAUGAGGGAGGAAUUCCGGGGCCAAAUCUUUAUAUUUUUGUGCUAUAAGUUAUUUUUAUAAGACAAAAUGGAGAACGGUUUGAAGCAACAGAGGAUUUCUCAUCUGCCUUCAAAAGAUGAAUGCACGAUGGAGAUGGGCUCUGAUCAGACAUACGGGUGCUCGCAUUAUCGGAGGAGAUGUAAGAUCAUAGCGCCCUGUUGCAAUGAGAUAUUUGAUUGCAGGCACUGCCACAAUGAUGCAAAGAAUUCAAUAGAAGUGGAUCCACUCGAUCGCCAUGAUAUUCCACGUCACGAAUUAAAAAGGGUCAUCUGCUCAUUGUGUAAGACAGAACAAGAUGUUCAACAAAUGUGCAUAAACUGUGGGGUUUGUCUUGGAAAGUACUAUUGCUCGAAAUGCAAAUUCUUCGACGAUGAUGUUUCCAAGAAUCAAUAUCACUGCGAAAAAUGUGGAAUAUGCAGAACUGGCGGCAGAGACAACUUUUUUCACUGUGAUAAAUGUGAAUGCUGCUACUCAAAUUUAUUGAAGGAUUCACAUAUAUGUAUAGAGAGAGCGAUGCAUCACAAUUGCCCUGUUUGCUUUGAGUAUCUUUUUGAUACGCCAAGAGAUACAACUGUUCUGCCAUGCGGGCAUACUAUACAUCUUAACUGUGUUAAGGAGAUGGAACGUCACUUCCAGUAUUCUUGCCCAGUUUGCUCAAAAUCUUACUGUGAUAUGACCCGUAUCUGGGAAAGGCUCGACCAGGAGGUUGCUUCAAUACCUAUGCCUCAAAUGUAUCAAAAUAAAAUGGUCUGGAUUCUCUGCAACGACUGUGGAGAGACAUCCGAGGUUAAUUAUCAUAUCUUGGCUCACAAAUGUCUAAAUUGCAAGUCGUAUAAUACAAGGCAGACAAGAGGAGGAGGCGGCCACACAUCAUGCUCGACCAGAAUACUGGAGAUGGUUAGGUGAUCAGUAUGUCUGGCUGAUCUGAAUCAGACGAAAACUACUAAUAUGAAAUUGGUCGGGUGGAUUGGAGUCGUCACGGAUGACUUGAAUCCAUACAUCCAAUUCUUCCAUUAUUCUUUUCUGAUUGCUUUACGUCGCCUAGCUAGUCUGAAAAACUUAUGUAACUUCAUCCUUAGAUCAUCUACUCUUCAAAUUAAUCUUCUCAUUAUCCUGAGAAAACACAAGCAUGUUUGUGCUUUCUGGGACAUGGAUCCUAUCACAAUGUACUUUUGACUUCCAUGUUCUUGAAUCCAGGUAUUCAUUCUGGCC